CGUACGCAAAGCAAUCCCCCUUCUCCUGCAGGCUACAGCCGCCUCUCUUUCACUCUUUCCUUGCAGGGCAGGAAUCCCCAUUCUCCUACAGCCGCCUCUUUCCUUGGAGGGGAGGAAAGAAAGCGAAGAGAAGCAGACGCCGGGAGGCACUGCCGGCUCGUCUCCCUCUCCACCCCGUUGCAUCUCCAUCUGUCUAGAAACUUCCGCGGGCCACGUGCCCGCAGCUAGCUCCCUCUCUGUCCCAUUGUUUUUUUCCGAUCAGACUGGGAGAUGGCUUCCCCGGAGUCAUCAGCGGCGGCUGCCGGGGCGGGUACCGAUGCGGCGAGCCAGUCAGCUGUGGUGGAACCGAUCCGGAUGCCGACGGCGGAGGAGAUCAAUGGGCAGGACAUCUGGAACAACUGCGCCGUUCGGAGCGUCGUCAGUGGUGUCAUGGGGGGUGGUCUUGGUGUGCUUAUGGGAUUAUUUUUUGGAGCUUUGGACAAUCCAAUAAUGGCAGAGGAGAUGACAGCAAGACAACAAAUCGUCUACACGGCAAAGCAGAUGGGUAGGAGAAGUAUGAGCAAUGCCAAAACCUUUGCAGUCAUGGGUGUGAUUUUCUCUGCAGCUGAAUGCGUCGUAGAGAAGGCACGGGCGAAGCAUGACACUACCAAUACAGCAGUAGCUGGCUGUGUCACAGGAGGGGCUUUAGCUGUAAAGGGUGGCCCUCAAGCUGCAUGCGUUGGGUGCGCGGGUUUUGCUGCCUUCUCAGUGCUGAUAGAGAAGUUCUUUGAUCGCCAUACCUGAAUGAACGAUGGAAACAUUGCAUCCUCUAUAUGUUAGCAAUUCAAGUGAAGCUUUUUUUUAGCAAAGCACGAGCACGAUUCAGCAUUAUCUGAAGAACAUUUCGUUAUUUCACAACAUUCAGCUGUUGACAUGUCUCCAGAGAUAACCUAAGUUAUAUAUCCUCGGACUAUCCGUAGCAAACUAGCAAUGAGUAGUAGCUUUACUGUUCUCGCGGUCUGUAGCCAAUUUGAAGUUAUAUCAUCGUCAUUCCUUGCUCAAGUAGGCAUUUUUACUGAUGCAAUCGCUGAGCACGUGGGUGGGUGCGCUUUUGCUCUGCCAAACGCCAAGAUGAUAAGAUGUUCGUGACAACAGGGUGAAAAUAUAUAGUUGGAGAUUCAAAUAACUGUUUCAGCUGUGUUU